UCUCACUGUUAACCUUCUGGAACCCGCACCCCACUGCCCAGCUCACUGUUGAACCAGUGCCUUCCGACGUUGCUGAAGGGAGAGACGUUCUUCUACUUGUCCACAAUAUGUCGGAGAACGCUGUAGCCUCCGCCUGGUACAGAGGGCAAAUAACAAACCAAAACCUUCUCAUUCUAUCCUACUCGAAUCUCACACACUCAGCUACCCAAGGUCCUGCAUUCAGUAGUCGAGAGACAAUCUACCCCAAUGGGUCCCUGCUGUUUGUGAAUGUGACAAAGGGGGACACAGGAUUCUACACCCUGCAAACCACAACUCCCAAUUUUCAAAUUGAAGCAGCAACUGGAGAGUUCCGCGUACAUGAGAAAUUACCCAAACCCAACAUCACAAUCAACAACUCCCAACCCAUGGAGGGUGAGGACUCUCUAGCAUUAAAGUGUGAACCUGAGGUUAAUUAUGCGACCUACCUGUGGAGGCUAAACAAUCAGAUGAUCCCAGAUGGUGACAGGCUGAAGCUGUCCAACAACAACAGGACUCUCACUUUAUUCACUGUCAAAAGGGAUGACACAGGACCCUAUGAGUGUGAAAUCCAGAAACUGAGUGCCAGCCGCAGUGACCCACUCACCCUGAAUAUUUCCUAUGGUCCGGAUGACCCCAUCAUAAACCCCCCAGACACACAUUUCUGUCCUGGGACAAAUCUCAACCUCUCCUGCCAUGCAGACUCUAACCCGCCUGCUCAGUUCUCUUGGUCUUUCAAUGGGAGGCCCCUGGAAUCCACCCAAGAGCUCUCAGUCCCCAACCUCUCUACAAAUAAUAGCGGAUCCUAUGUGUGUGUCCCCCAUAACUCUGUCACUAACCUCAAUAGGACCACAACCAAGAAUAAGUUAGUGGACCCUGGAGCACAGUAUCAAGUGCUGGAACCAUUGACACCGCCCCACCUCACAGCCAGCAACACCAGGAUGGCAGAAGGGGAGUCUGUGCAGCUGACCUGCGUCCCAAAUGACACUGAAAUCUCCAUCCAGUGGCUCUUCAAUAACAAGAUCCUGCAACUCACAGACAGGAUGCAGAUGUCAUCAAACAACAGCAUCCUGACCAUAAACCCAGUCCAGAAGAUGGAUGAGGGAGAGUAUCAUUGUCAAGUCUCCAACCCAAUCUCUUCCCUAAAGAGCAACCCCAUCACGAUGACUGUGAUCCGUGAGUGA